AGUGUGAAUCUAAAUUUCUGUUCAAUUUCAUGCAAACUAUAAAAUGAAUUAACUUCUCAACGCAGCUCUUAAUUUCAAAUGAUUUAAGAAAACAACAACAUCGCUGCUCUGAUCUGUAUUUCGGCUUGAUAUUUUCCUUGUCAUUACUAUUUUCAUUUGUUUCGGUUAUUCUAAUGAUUCAUCAUUUAUAAUCAAAAUUCAUUGCUCUUAAGGAUCAAAGAUAUUUAUUCGUAAUGGCGAAUCAACAAAGAGAUACACGCUCUAAUUUCGUCUCCUUAGUGAAUAUAAUUGGUAAACGUGAUACUAUGGAAGCUGAAAUUUUAAAUCUGCUCGGGGAGUUAAAAAAGCUAAAUGUUACUUUGACCGAACCUCUAGUUGAUGAAGAAGGUUAUCCUCGAAGUGAUGUUGAUGUUGCUGCUAUUCGCCAUAUCAGACAUGAAAUUAUUUGCAAACAGAAUGACUGCAAAGAGUUAACCAGAAGAAUUGAAGAAGAAUUAUAUGCUCUUCAUGCUGAAGAAAAAAUUACACCCAGUGCAUCUUGUCUCAAUGUACGAGAAGUUUCUUUUAAACCAUUUGCUCGAGUUGAUUUAGUGGAUGAGAAUUCACCAGCACAGAAAGCUGAUCUGAGAGUUGGGGACCUUGUUGUCAAAUUUGGUAGCUUAAAGUAUAAGAAUUUUGAAAAUCUUUCUGCUGUUGCCCGUCUUGUGACUGAAAGUCUAAGGAAACCAAUCCAUGUGAAUGUUCUGAGAUGUGAUAAAGUUGUUCCUUUGAUUCUCGUUCCUGAUGAAUGGAGUGGGAAUGGAUACCUUGGUUGCAGGAUACAUCCAAUCAUGGAUUCUUGAAGGGAUAUCAGAAAUUCUUUGGCUUAAAUUAUUCCUCAAUGAAUUUGUUGUUUAUUGUUGUACAGUCAUUUGUCUGAUGUGAUUUGACUUCAAGUGUUGUGUACAUAUGUGCAUUUGUAUUAAGUUUCCACAUCACUAUCUUGUGUCGUUUUAAAUAAGGAAUUAUCAUCGUGGUUUGUGAUAUGUCAAAAUUUUAUUGAUUGAUGUUAUGCAUGUUAAAUGUUGUGUUGAGUGUCAAAAAUUAAUUCCUCAAUAUUAAAUCUAUGUUAUAAAAACAAUGUUGCACUGUGUGUAAAUGUGUUUAAUUAUAACUUAUUCAUCUGUAAUGUAGAAUUUUUUAUUUAUUAAUUUAAUCUGUAGUUAUAAUUAUAGUGAUUGAUAAUUUGACAAUACCUAGAAUGUGCUCUUUGGUGAAUAUUGUAAUAUAUGUUCUUUCAUUUCAGACUUAGUUUCAUUAGUCAGUAUAAUGAUUACUUGUGUUAAAAAUUAAAUUAUCCUCAAGUAUAUCUAUUACAUUCAGUAGUAGCUUAUGCAUGUUAAGGAUUUUCUGUAUUGAUAUGAUAUAUGUAGCUAUCACUAUUUUAUCAACUUAAGGUGUCACCAACUAUACAUAAUUUUUUUUAAUUUUGGAGUAUAUAAUUUGUUUUCAUUAUUAGAGAUGAAAUUCAUUUCAUUGGCUUCUGAAAAUCAAUUUUAUUUUAUUCAGUAGUAUUCUCAUCUGGAUUUAAAUUGGGUCUACCUUAUAACACAUGUAUAUAAAAUUUUAUGUGGUUUGGCAUUAUUAUAUUCUUAU